UAUCAAAAUGAUUCUUUGUCAAGCAUUGGCUAUUAUCUUGUUGGGUUCUUGCUUCUGUUACGGUGAAUCGGACAAGGAAAAAUAUUUGGAAGAAAAUCCUUUAGAAAAUCCCGACUUAUUCGAAGGUGAUAUCAUAGGCCUUGACAUUUCAGAUGACCGGAAUGCCGUUGCGAGGGAUGAACGACUGUGGCCCAGGGGCGUUAUCCCAUAUGUUUUCGAUCCCGGACUCUCUUCAACUGUCCGUUUGCAAAUGGUGUUGAAAGCUAUGUGGAAAUACGGUAAUCAGACAUGUAUCCGUUUCGUUCCACGGACGAGGGAAGCUAAUUAUGUGCGAAUCUACCCAGGCCAAGGGUGUCAUUCUCAAAUCGGAAUGACCAAGUCCAAAUCGAUUCAGACCCUCUCCCUGGGGAAAGGAUGCGGGUACCUGGGUACUGUCCUGCACGAACUGGGACACGCUGUUGGCUUCUAUCAUGAGCACAGCAGAUCUGACAGAGAUAAAUGGAUAAAAAUCUUUUGGGAAAAUAUAAAAGAAGGUCAAGAAUCUCAAUUCAAAAGACUGGAACCUGCAAAUAACAGACUCCUGACUCCUUUCGAUUUCAAUUCUAUCAUGCUGUAUGGUUCAUACACUUUCUCCAAGGACAAGGACAGACUCAAAACGAUGGUUGGAAAAGAUGGAAGAAUUAUCGAGCCUACUCGAGAGAAAACUAACUUGUCUAAAAGCGAUAUCAUCAGGAUUAGAAAAUUGUACAAUUGCAAGCCGUCAGUCAGGAGCUGAUAUGUUUAUUUAGUGAAUGACAAUAAUAAUAUGAAUAUAUAUUCUGAAAUAUUUUUUAGAUAAAUGCAAUAAUUUAAUUCUUAUUUCUGACCCAUUAAAAUCUGAUACUUUUAAUCUUUUUUUUUUCUGAAAGAUGAAUUUAUUUUGUAUUUUUAUUAGAAUCUGUUAUUCUCUCACAAAGUUAAGUAAAUACAUUUUUCUUUUAUUAUGGCUGUUAAGAUGGCAGCAGUAUUAAAUAUGUAUUUUAAAUUUCAGUAAUUUCAUGAAUUGUUAUUUUGUCAAAUAUAA